AUGUCAUUGAUAAACCAAGUAAAGCUAAGUAUGGCCAAAGCGCUACAGUUCAGUACUGACAGUAAUAUAUUUGAAAUUCCAGAAUGUACUGUGCUAAUGACAAGUGAUAAGAUCUCCAUCAAAGUGGCCAGUAUUACACAAAUAAUAAAAACGAUUGUGGAUUUUACUGAGCGUAACAAUGCUAAUUUUAACAUCCGUUUCCUGAUUCGAGACGAACAUAAAAAUAAAAAGUCCAUAAUGGUGGCAGAUUUGAUUUCUGGUAGUGGUUACGAGGUGAGAAAUAUGUUUGGUGCACGUGUAAUGGAUAUCAAAAUCCCUACAAGUAAUGAGGCAUCAAUUGGCAGAAUCGUUCAUCCCCUCAGCGCUACAAUUUAUAACGUUUUAUACAACGGUGGUGAAACAAACGCACAGCGCUUUAAGAUUCAACAGUUAGCAUCAGAUCAGUCGAUAAUAAAUCUUGAAAAAUCGAGUGAACUAUUAUCCAUAUAUACGAUACUGAAACGCAUUGGACUUUUGGAUACAGAUUGCGCGUAUCGAUUCAGAAAUCCAGAUGGUACUGAAGUAGCUCGAGUUUAUCCUAAACUAGUUCUGAACGGCAGAACACUCAUUAUUAGAUACGAACGGGCAAGCCUAAGAGCAGAAAUGCGAGCAGUAAUUUUGGGAGCAUCGCUUAUGCUGAUUUUGUUGGAAGUAUAUCCCGAUAUUCACGAUGUCUUGGCAGCAUCGAAUGUGAUCGCAGAAAGUGAAGAAGAAGAUGCUUAA